CUUGCUCAACUACGCGCCAAAAGUGCCUACUAGUGCGCGGGCGCUGUGACCUAGCCUUAGCGCAUGCGCUGAAUAGGACUAGCAGGAGUAAGCGCUAUGGCGUGGGUACCAGCGGAGUCUGCUGUGGAAGAAUUGAUGCCCCGGCUGUUGCCAGUAGAGCCCUGCGACUUGACAGAAGGUUUCGAUCCCUCGGUGCCCCCGAGGACGCCUCAGGAAUACCUGAGGCGGGUCCAGAUCGAGGCAGCUCAAUGUCCAGAUGUUGUGGUAGCUCAAAUUGACCCAAAGAAGUUGAAAAGGAAGCAAAGUGUAAAUGUUUCUCUUUCAAGAUGCCAGCCUGCUCCUGAAGGAUAUUCUCCCACGCUUCAGUGGCAACAACAACAAGUGGCACAGUUUUCAACAGUUAGACAGAGUAUGAACAGAAAUAGAAGUCACUGGAAAUCACAACAGUUGGAUAGCAAUGUGAUGAUGCCAAAAUCCGAAGAUGAAGAAGGCUGGAAAAAAUUUUGUCUAGGUGAAAGAUUAUGUGCGGAAGGGGCUAUUGGACCAGCCCCAAAUGAAAAUCCUGGAAUAGAUUAUGUUCAAAUUGGUUUUCCUCCAUUGCUUAGUAUUGUUAGCAGAAUGAAUCAGGCAACAGUAACUAGUGUCUUGGAAUAUCUGAGUAAUUGGUUUGGAGAAAGAGACUUUACUCCAGAAUUGGGAAGAUGGCUUUAUGCUCUAUUGGCUUGUCUUGAAAAACCUUUAUUACCUGAGGCUCACUCACUGAUUCGGCAACUUGCAAGAAGGUGCUCUGAAGUGAGGCUCUUAGUGGACAGCAAAGAUGAUGAGAGGGUUCCUGCUUUGAAUUUAUUGAUCUGCUUGGUUAGCAGGUAUUUUGACCAACGUGAUUUAGCUGAUGAGCCAUCUUGACGUAACUCACCUCUCAGGAGUAGAAGAUACUUAUGCUAGGCGGCCUCAGUCUGAGGAAGGGCAGUACCAACGUGGAUUACAUCAUAUCUUCAAUGCUUCGUGAAGGGUUCUCGUUGUAAUCUGUGCCAUUCAAGUUGAUAUCCAAAAGACAGGUUGUAUUGAUUCGAAUGUCUGAAGUAUCUUUUGGAAAAAACUCAUCUAGUUAAAUUUUUUUAAAUUACAUGCUUUUAAAACAAAUUACUGUUUUUUAGUGAAACAUCUUACACAGAAAUUGUAUGAUGAAAUUUUACAGAGGUCCUUGGUGCUGUUUCAUUGUUUCUUUACAUAUAUACACAUAAAAUUUUCUUGAAAAUGUGUUUUGGGUACUAAAAUUUUAUUUGACU